AAAUAGGUUAAACGAAUGCCCUUCUAUAUAAUCCAAUCCCACUUCGAUAAAAUUACAUUUCCACACCAAAUUCAUUUCACAUACUCAACAAUGAAAAGCCUCAUCUUCCUCGUACCUCUCUUCUGUCUCAUCGUUUUUCCGACAACAACGAUCGGAGGUUGGCCAAAACCUUCGGAAGUCUCCAAUGAGGAGAUGCUAAUGAAUACCGACCACCACCGUUACAACGAUAAUAAAUUAAGUUUUGGAGAUUCCAAAGUCUGGAAAUGUGUUUAUAACAACGGAUCUGGGGCCGCCAUCUCUGUUUCCUAUCCUGGAUCUCCACAACCUCCGUCCCAAAACCCACCAACUCCAUCAUCUCCUCCUUCGAGUCAAAAUAAGUCUCCACCAUCACCGCCUCCCAAACAAUCUCCUCCGCCUCUUAAACCAUCACCUCCAUCUCCUAAACCAUCACCUCCUCGUCCAAUUCCGAAGAAGUCUCCUCCUGCGCCUCCCAAAAAAUAUCCUCCGCCUUCUAAACAAUCACCUCCGCGUCCACCUCCAAAAAAGUCUCCUCCUCCGCCUUCUAAGCCAUCACCUCCGCGUCCAACUCCAAAGAAAUCUCCACCGCCGCCUUCUAUGCCAUCACAUCCGCGUCCAAUUCCAAAAAUGUCUCCUCCUCCUCCUAAACCAUCUCCUCCGCCUCUUAAACCAUCACCGCCUCCCAAAAAAUCUCCUCCGUCUCCUAAACCACCAUCUCCUCCACCUCCAAAGCAAUCUCCACCAUCUCCUAAACCAUCACCUCCUCGUCCAACUCCAAAGAAGUCUCCUCCUCCGCCCCCCAAAAAAUCUCCUCCGCCUUCUAAACAAUCACCUCCGCGUCCAACUCCAAAAACGUCUCCUCCUCCUCCUUCUAAGCCAUCACCUCCGCGUCCAACUCCAAAAAUGUCUCCUCCUCCUCCUAAACCAUCAACGCCUCCACCAACUCCCAAAAUUUCACCACCACCUCCUACACUAUACCCGCCUCCUCCUAAAACGCCACCUACGAUCCACCACUCCCCUCCAACUUCCGGGAAGUCUCCACCACCACCAAAUGAGUCAACUCCAUCAACACCGGAGCAUCAUUAUCAGAAUCCCAAUCCGAAUCCGUGGGGACAUUUUAUCAGCUGUAUUAAUGACUUUGGGCCGUCGGCAAUAUGUAAGCAACAAAUGGAGGUAAGUUACUACACAGGGAACUUUCUUGUGAGUGACUAUUGCUGCAACCUUAUUCUCAACAUGAGAUAUGAAUGCACCGAUGUCAUUGUGGGCUUCUACACCGACCCUUUCUUCGUUCCUCUAAUUCGAUACACUUGCCACGUCAAGAACUAGCUCUUGUUUGGUUUCUUUUCUUUCCAUAUAUAAGGGCUCAAUCUUUUCUUCUUAG